AUGAAACACCAGCUACAUCAAGGAACACCAAGCGGUCCAGUUUCUAACAAAAGUGGUAAAAGAACUCCAAUUGCUGCUUAAUCUUAAAGUUCACAAAGCACCACAUUUGAUCGUUUAUAAAAUCUAAAGCCUUUAAGAGAAACGAAUAAUAUGCAAAGAUAGACUCCUCUUUCUCAUAAUUAGAAUAGAUAGAAAACACCUGUACCUUCGAAUAAGAAUGAUAUCAGAGAAAGUAAAAGCAACUUGAAAUAAAGCAACAAUAAUCUUGAAAACAAAGGUCAAUCGACUUAGAGGUUGAAAGAGAACAAGAAAAAUAAUGUCAUUUAAGGAGUUGUAGACUUGGAUAUUUAUGCUUCGAUUGACGGGAAUUAUAAUCCUAUGGCAGCAACAAGUCUUAAAUAUAAUUCUAACCAAAGAGAUGAAGAUUUUCAAAAGUACUUGGGACAAACCCUGGAUAAGAGAGACAAGUCUUCAACUCCUCUUGGCAGACACUAGAACAAUGCUACAGUGAGUGUAUAUGUCGUGAAGAACAAAAAGAGUUAACAAGCUUAGAGUAUGUAUAAGCAGUAAUUCCUGAGCAAGACUUAGACUAAUUUGGCUAAUUGCGAGUCUUCCUCCAAUCUGAGACAGUCAUAGAAAGAUAUCAAACUCACUAGCAAGAAGGACAGAACACCAAAGCAAGCAGAUGAUUUGUCUAGCAUCAGAAGUUCACGCUAGUCUGAUUCUAAGAACAACAAGUACUCGGGAGUUUAGUCGAAGGUCAGACAAAACCUGAGAUCAAAGACACCUAAGAGCAAGGGAGCCAUUCUCACUCCUCAACAGUAGAUGGACUAAAAUGAGAAAUAGCUUAGAAGAUAAAGAGAGAUUUGUGAUUUGGAGAACAACCUCUGCUAGAUUCAGCAUGACCUUGAAUUCAAGUAGAACAACAAAGAUCUCAUCUUUGAUACCUACAAGUCAAAUAGGAAAAGCCAGACCAGGAAGAACACCGACAUCAGUUAAUUGGGCUCCUCAGACAAUGGUGACACCGAGAGAGUAUCAACCAGUACCUCGAGUCAGAAGGUGGUACUCCAGAGUAAGAAGCAGUUCUCUCAAUUUGAAUUGCAGUUGAACAACCACAAAUUCAAUGAUAAGUACUUUGACAAGGUUUACCUUGAGCUCUGCGGCUAUGGAGACGCAGGUGUUGGCAAAUCAGCCUUGCUUGAAAAAGAGAGAUCAAUGGCUACAGUUAGGAAGUAUGUGCCCUUCUUGACGCAAUCAUAGCCUCAUGCAGAGAUGUAAGGUGAAUCUCAAGAUGUGGUAGGGUCAGUGACCUUCUUCGAAAGUAGAGCUUAAAGACCUCGUGAAGAGAGAAAUCACUAUGAAACUCUAUUGCCUGAACCUGCAAACGAACUUGAUGAAAUUGAUUAUUCCAAGAUAGUUCCCAUCCAAGAAAGUCAGAUUAGAAAUAGAGGAUAUGAGUAUUAGGUUGAGGAUUCAGUUAACAAGUUUAUAAGCUUUAAUAACGUUGAUGACGAUGUUUAUGGCUAGGAAGACAACAAAAAGAGAAUGGGUGAGCUAAGGCUGUAGAACCAAUAGUUAGAAGAGGACUUUGAAAAUGUUUUCUAAGAUUUGGUAAAUCAGAGAAAGACAGCAUCUCACAUGGCAUUCUAUGAAGCAAUCAAUGAGUACGACUACGAUAAGAAGCAACUUGACAACGCAGUGUAUAAGGAUCCAAAUGGAAGUUUCUAGGUGGCCACUUCACCUACUAAGAGAUUGAUUUGCAUGAAAAACUCAUCAAUUGAGCACUACAGGCAUAUUAGAGAAAGAAACCUUAUUAAUAGAGAACCAGAUCAGAAGAAUAUGAUCUACAUGGCAAGUCCAGAGAGAUCUUACGUUGUGAAAGCAGACUAGAAGAUUGACUACACAUUGGCAUUCAAAAAGAACCCCGCUAAGUUUUAUGAAGAAGCUUUGAAUGCUCCCAUUGUCAAGCAUAGAAUUUUGCAUUAGUCCUAAGGCAUAUCACCAAAGAAUGGUAACGUGCAUACCAAGAAGUCGACACUUGGCAGUUAAAGCAGCUGCUCUGUCUCUCAAAAGGAUUUAAAGCAAACUAUUAAUAACGUUGCUAACAAUUUGUUAUCAGGUUCAAAGAAGAGCAAAAAAGACCAUGAUAUUUACACUAUUAGUUCAAAGCAGACUACAAGACCCCACAAUAGAAUUAAUCAAAAGAUUAAGAGUAAGAUAGAGCAAAAACUAGCUGACAAACUUGGUUCUCAAUUGACUCAAUAAGUGCUUAAAGCGCUAGAAGAUGCUAACCUCCAUGAAGCUAUUAAUGACAUUAUUAGUCAGCACUCAGGCUAGGCUGAUGACGACUACAGACCAAUCCAUAAAAGUGGUGAGGUUAAAAUGAGCAAGGCAAUGAGUGUUAAAUCCCUUUAAGUUAACAAGCAAUUUGAAGACAUUUAAAGAGAUGAAGUUGAGAGCACCAAAGGUGAUGAAAAGAAUUACAAGCAACUCCUGCAUCACUCAAACAAGAAGGAGACUUCAUCAGUCAGAAAUCCAGUCACUAGAGAACUCAAGACUACAAGCAACAUUGCAAAUGAUCAAACUGAUAAAACAGGUAAGUCAGUUGUUGCUAGCAGAAGAAGUGGAGCUAGCAGCAGACAAUAUGUAUCAGAGCAAGGACUUAAUCUUGAGGAAGAUGUUAAAGUCAACAGAGCCUACUAAUGA